CUCGGGCCUCAAACUUAAAUGGGCCCAUUCGCAGCUGAGCGAGAGAGCGAGAGAGAGACGAACAAGACGGUACAAGUGCUGUGAAAUUGAACAAAUCUUUGAUCGGGCAAUUGAACAGAACGAAAAAGGAAUCGUGUAAAUCAGAGAAGUGAAGAAGAAUAAGUAGAAGGAACAAGAGUAUGCUGCCUACCUCUUCAUCAACAAAAGGGCGUUCGGGUUCUCAUACCCGACCCAAUUCUUUCCUCCCUCAGUACCUCCGCAGAAUAAUCAAGUGGCAACAAAUGGACAUUGAAUAUACUUUUUGGCAAAUGCUUCACCUAUGUACCUCCCCGAAAGUGGUAUAUCAACACACGAAGUACCAUAAGCAAACAAAGAACCAAUGGGCACGUGAUGAUCCUGCUUUUGUUGUGAUAUGCAGUCUUCUUUUGGCAGUUUCUACAAUAGCUUAUUGUGCAGCGUAUGAUCAUAGUGCAGGACAUGCUGUUUUUGUAGUUCUUUCAGUACUGCUUUUCCAUUUCCUAAUAACCGGGACAGUUUUGGCUACAUUUUGUUGGUUCUUUACAAACAAUUAUCUUCGAGAAGAAGCUCCAAACAGCCAUGUGGUGGAGCAAAGGGUAGAGUGGCAAGUUCUCCUCUUUUCCCUUCCAUUUUUUGACAUCUCCAUUUUAUUUGAUAAUAUCCUUAUUUACGUUGUGCAUUAUUUUCUAUCACCUCUUCUUGUAGCUCAUGGUUUUGUUCCUGAAUUGUUAUCAAAUUUGCUCUUCAUGGUGGCUCUUUCCUACUAUCAUUACAUCAAUUUUUUAGGCUAUGAUGUAUUGCCCUUUUUGGAGAGAACGACUUUAUUUCUAUAUCCAAUUGGCAUUGUCAUAGUCCUUUCCCCUAUCUUGAUAUUGAGCGGCUUCAAUCCAUCAAGAUAUUUUAUGGAUGUGUUCUUCAGUCGAUUUCUGUAGAUACAGCUAAACAUUGAUUCUGAACAUGACACAAGGAGAUCCAGUAAGAUACUCUAAACACGUGAUAGUUAAAUGAGCUCGUUUGCUGGUUCUCGUUCAUUUAUGCACAAGGGAUGGUCAUGCCAUGGGGAAGCUUCAGUAGGUCUGAUUAGGUCUUUUGGCGGCUGAAAAUAUUGUAAUUGAGUGGAGGAUUUUCUUCGAACUGAAAAUAUUAAUUAAUGGAGUCAUUUAUACAACCACUGCGUUUUUAA